UCAAUUGGAAGUUAUGGCGGGGAUAGUCCCUCGUGGCUGUUUCCAUCUCCUGUGAGUGGUCCCAAUUGGCAGCUAAAUAAGUUCCCUGGAAACACCGUUUGAGGUCCUUUCCUCCCUCCAAAACUCCCCUUCUCUUCUUCUUCUUCUUCUUCUCCCCCCCCCACCGCGGGCACCACUGGUCCGUAGUUCGUAUUUUUCCCGAUCUGAACCCGGUCGGCUUUCUCUCCCUCCUCGCUGCUGCUCGCUUAUUCUCGCCAUCCAUCUCGACGACUGUCAUCCCGUCUUGCCCCGCGUCCUCUCUCCUCGCCCGUCCAAUUCAAGUCUUAUCGUCGCAACUCCACCAUGGCUAGCGUCAUCGAAGCCGCGAAGCGUGCAGCCGGAAAGGCCGCCGUAGAGAACCACUACCCCAAAGACGCCAAAUACGUCGGCAUUGGCAGCGGUUCCACCAUCGUCUACGUCGUCGAGGCCAUCAAGGAGUCGGGGGUCGACACAUCCGCGACCAAGUACGUGCCCACGGGCUUCCACUCCAAGCAGCUCAUCCUGUCGGCGGGGCUGGUGGCCGUGGACUUCGAUUCCCUGCCCGAAGGCACGGUGCUGGAUGUGGCCUUCGAUGGCGCGGACGAGGUGGACGAUGACCUCAACCUGAUCAAGGGCGGUGGUGCCUGUCUGUUCCAGGAGAAGAUCGUGGCCCUGCAGGCCAAGGAGUUCAUCUGUGUUGCGGACUCCCGUAAACUCCAAUCGCGCCUGCUCUCCAACUGGAAGUACAUCCCGAUCGAAGUCGCGCCGAUCGCCGCCGCUCGCGUUCUUACGGCCCUGAGGGAGAUCGGCAGCAUCCAGCCGGCUCUCCGGCUGAACGCCGACCCCAAGCAGGGCCCGCUGAAGACGGACCAGGCCUUCUACAUCAUCGACGCUCCCUUCCCGACCCUCCUGACGAAGACAGAUGUGGCCGCUGGAAAGGAAGGCAGCGGUAGGGGCGGCGUGUGGGAAGUCGAAGCGCUGUCGCAAACCAUCAAGCAGAUCCCCGGCGUCCUCGAUGUCGGCAUCUUCUCGGGCCUAACGGGCCCUCAGGCCCGCGCUCUCGGCGGUGUUGGCGGCCAAAAGCCCAUCGCCGCCUACUUCGGUAUGGCCGACGGCUCUGUGUCCGUCCGGAAGGCUGCCGCAUAAUCGGGCUCCCGGAGCCAUGUAUGACGUUUUUCUUUGGACUCACUCGAGAAGAUAUAAAAUGAUACCAUUUGAACAUUAG